CCUAAUCAGAGCCCACCUCCCCCCACCCUCUUCAAAGAGUGGAGACUCUCUCUCCUGUGUCUCGUUCUUGUUCAACAAAACCAAUUCAAAACCCCCAAAAUCUCCCCCUUUUAGCCCUAGUCCUUCAAAAAAACCACCCAUUUGCGCCUCUCUCUCUCUCUCUCUCUCCCCCCCUUCUCUCUCUACUGCGAAUAUGAGCGGGUCUUCUUCUUCUAGAGCUUCGAUCCCCAGCGGCCUUCGAAAGACGAUCCAGAACUUGAAGGAGAUCGCCAAGAAUCACAGCGAUGACGAGAUUUACGCAAUGCUCAGAGAGUGCUCCAUGGAUCCUAACGAGACCGCUCAAAAGCUCCUCCUCCAAGAUCCCUUUCAUGAGGUCAAAAGGAAGCGGGAGAAGAAAAAAGAGACCAACAAAGAACCUACUGAUACUAAAGGGAGGCCAGCAUCUCAGGCGAGAGGGGGCCGGGGUGGCCGGGGGAGCUAUUCUUCUCAUUAUACAUCUCAUGAUGCUGGUGGUGAAAGGAACAUUGGCAAGGAAAAUGGAGCACAUCUUUCCACAGAUAAAGGCAUCACAUCUUCGUCUUUGCCCCCUAAGGAUGCAGAAAGCAAGUCGACUAUUCAUGUGUUGAGUUCUGAAACUGGUCUGCCAAAUGGUCCUGCAAAAGUCGGAAAUCCAGUUCCUUUGCAGAGAUCCACAUCCAAGGAUUCUAAUGUCAGUGGCACCCUCUCAGUUAAGGAUAGUUUGGGAGCCACCUUAAAUGGUGAGACAGGGAAGCCUACAAAAGGUGACACCAAAGGUUCUCCUUCUGUGCGGCAUGUAUCUACUUCUACCAGUCACUUAUCAUCCCCAAAACAACCUUGUGAGUCUGGCCUCUACGCCUCAACUUCAGACCCUGUUCUAGUACCUUCUCUUGAUGCACGCAUCACAGGUAAUGUGGGUACCAUCAAACAUGAAGUUGGGGGCCAGCGUGCUCAUAAAGUUGUUUCUCGUGAUGUGUCUGGUUCUGUGCUGUCAUCUUCGACUGGAAAAGGUUCAUCUGAAGUGAACAGCUCAUGUGUGCAUGAGAAAAUGCAAGCGAAAUCUCUGGGAUUAGAGCAACCAUCAGAUGUAUCUCUUACACAUUCUUUAUCUCGCACUAGUUCUGCUGGCAGCAGGCCAUCUUCUAAUUACAGUAAUCGGUCACAUCAGUUAAAUGGUCCUCAAAAAGCAGUUGGUCCUACAAAGGAGUGGAAACCAAAGUCAACAAAUGUAAAACCUACAAAGGAGUGGAAACCAAAGUCAACAAAUGUAAAACCUGCUCCAGCGGUGGGAAAAUUGGAAACUACUGAUAUUGAAUCUGCAAAACAGGAAGUUGUUGCUCGCACACUGCCUGCGUCAAGUUCAAUAUCAUUGGAUGAAUCUACUACGAAGCUUCAUAACAAAUUGGGGGAGUUGCAGUUUUCAGAUGCUAAACAUGUUAUUAUUCCAAAUCAUCUGCAAGUUCCAGAAUCUGAAAGAACUGGAUUGAGUUUUGGAAGCUUCGAUGCAAAUUUUGGACUGUCUACAAGUUUUGUGAAUGAUACUGAAAGCGAGAGAAGUUCCGCUGAACUAUCUGAGACAUCUCAGGAAAUUGUGGAGAAAGCUGGAGUGCCUGCUUCAAGCAAUCAGAGUGCAUUACCAUCUGUUCCGGACAUUGAGGCAAUUGACCUUUCCCAUUCACCAGCAAAGAUGCCUGAAAAUGUAACUUGCAGUGCUGAUCAUCCCCAGUCACCAGAAGUGAUGCCAGAAAGUGUUACGUCCAGAGAGCCUGAGAGUUCCUCUACUGUCCCCAUGGAUCAAAAUCAAUCAAAAACAGAGGCAGCUUCUGUGCCAGAGAAUUCUCAAUAUUCAGUUGUUAAUACUUCUCAAACCUAUUCCAAUUUCGGACCGGUACCACCGAUGCUUGGGAAUCAGUUUGCAACAAUUGACGCUGCUGAGCCUCAGUUAGGGGAUGGCACUCGAAUUCCAAGCUUUCUUGUUCAGCAACCUUUUGAUCCUGCUACAAGCUAUUACACUUCAAUGUAUAGACCUACUGCUGCUGAUGGUGAUGGGCGCUUCUCUCCCUUCUUUGCUCCUGCUACCAAGUAUAGUGGGAAUGUUGCAGUCUUACCUACUCAUACUUCCCAGACAUCACAAGAGAGUGUAAACUCUUUGGCUCUAUCAUCAACUGGGGCUGCACCUCUUGUCACUUCUGGGAUGAUGCAAAAUUCUCUUGCUGUUAGCCAGCAAUCAGUUCCUGUCUUUCGGCAGCCUUCUGGUGUACAUCUUCCUCAUUAUCCUCCUAAUUACCUUCCAUACAACCAAUAUUUCUCUCCGUUCUACAUUCCAUCUCCAUCUCUGCACCCUUUCUUGGGCAAUGCUGCCUUUCCCCAGCAACCUCCAACAGGAAACAUAUAUCCGGCUGCUGGCGCUGUAGGUACAGCUCCUGUGAAGUAUUCCAUCUCCCAAUACAAGCCUGCAACUAGUGCUGCUAAUCCAAGUCACAUGGGAAUGCCAACUGGAUAUGGAGCGUACGCUCCUGGUGAUGUGACAACUGGCAGCUCAACUGGAACCGAGGACAUUGCCUCAUCUCAGUACAAGGAGAACAAUGUCUACAUUGCUGGACAGCAGAGUGAAGGUUCUGUCUGGAUUCCUACACCAGGGAGAGACAUUUCAGCAAUGCAGGCUACUUCAUUCUACAAUCUCCCUACUCAAGGACCACCCAUGGCCUUCCCUGGAAUCUAUCACCAUCCCUCUCAGGCUAUUGCUGCUGGCACAGUCCACCCAAUGCUCCAGCAGUCUCAGCCCAUUUCAGGAACCGUUGAAAUGAUGGGCCCUCCUGGUGGCGUCUACCGACAGCCGCAGCGUACUCAAGUAAACUGGGUUAACAAUUAUUGAGCAUGUCACUACUUUGGAUUGAAGAUCUGGGCAUAAAUUCAUCAGAAGAUCGUCUGUAUGAACUUGGCCUGAGAAGAAUGUAUAUAUUAAGGACGGCCAGGAAUUUUACAGGGGGGAAAUUCAGGGUGAAUGAUGGAGUUUCUCCUGUGACUGAUAAUAGGCAAUUUAUAAGCUAGUUGAGCAAGUAUGUGCAGGUCUGUAGUCUUUGUUUUGCGUGUUUCUUUGUUUUCUGCUAGCCAUCAGAAUUUACUGUGGAUGGUUUUUUCAUUUUUUAUUUAACCUGUUUAUCUUCUUUCAAUCCUUUUGGUAGAGGUUCAUACAAACUAUGGAAGGUAAGUUUUUAAGUUGGUGGGUUUUUAUUGUCUCCACUACCUUGUGUAAAGUGAAUUUUGAUAGUAAGAAAUGUAUUACAAACAGUUGUAUUUGACAUAACAGCAACUGCAGCAUAUUUUCCCCUCUAUGUAAACCCUGAAAUUUAGUGCCUUGCUUC